AUGACUGAUAUACUGGAUCAACCUGAUAAUGAUUUGGAUGUCUAUGGUGACACAGAGAUUGACCCUCGAUACAGCGAACGUGACGUACUUGGCGAUGACGAUGAAACUGAUGUUCUAAAAAAUGAUAACAAUAAUGGGGCACAAAAUGGUGGUAACGGUGAUGUAGUCAUUGUCAAAUCUGAGGCAAAUGAUUCCGAUCUAUAUGAUGCUGCAAUUGAACCAUCUGGACAACAUGGCCCAACGACAACAACAGUGGCAAGUCCUACGAAAUCACCUGCUGUAUCUCGCCAAGCCUCAUCGAGUUCUCAACUGCCAACACUCGGAUUGUCAAAUCCAAAUUCGGGAGGUCGUAGAUAUUGUUGCUAUAUCGGUAAUAUGACAUGGUGGACGACAGAUGUUGAUCUUCAAUCGUUAAUUCUUUCCGUUGGUGCAACGGAUCUUAUCGAUAUCAAAUUUUAUGAAAACCGGAAUAACGGUCAAAGUAGAGGUUUUGCGCUAGCAGUUUUCACGGCUGAAAAUGCUGUUAAAAUUGUUAUGGAGAAAUUACCCCACAAAACACUUCAUGGUCAGCAGGUGGUGGUGCUACCAUACACAAAAGCUUCUCUUGCUAAAUUUGAAGAUGCGACACGAAGCAGAGAUCAGCAGAGGACAGAAAAAAAGGAUGCAAAGAAAGAGGAACAAAAGGCGCCCUUCGUUGGGACUAUUCGGAUAGGUGUACCACCGCAGCAACCUCAGCCUCAAAUUCAACCUGCACCUAUGUCGUUGCCACCACCAAUGUCUCUUAGACCGCAAGUGCAGGUUCCGCCGCCAAUGACGAACAUGAGACCUCCUGCGCAAGUUCCUCUUAUGAUACCGCAACAGCAACCUCCUCAGAUGCGUGGUCCUCCACCGACUACACAACCCUUAAAUCUUGCAAAUCUUACUGUUCCAGCACGACCACCAGUAAAUCUCAGUGCACCGCCACCUGGUAUUCCCCAGGUCCAGUUAGGAGCUGGAGCUCCACCAAUGACUAGACCUCCACCUGGUUUUGGUCAACCACCUCAAGCUAUGCAGUCUCUAUCAAAUGCUGGUCCUACACAUCCACCCUUGGCUGGUGCUCCUCCAACCUCUCAUCCACCUCCCUCAUUUCCUCCACCAGGAGCACAUAUAAAUCCACAAGUAUAUCGACAGAAUUUCGCACUAUUUACUUAUGAAUUUGAAGGUGGGGGACCCGCACCAGUUCCCAGCACAAUGGAUGGCUUGUCAGAUGCAGAAUUCGAAGAAAUCAUGAAUCGCAAUCGUACUGUCUCCUCGUCGGCAAUCACUCGAGCUGUGAGCGAUGCUGCUGCUAAUGAUUACGCUUCAGCUAUUGAAACACUCGUUACAGCAAUAUCACUUAUAAGACAAAGUCGUGUAGCGAAUGAUGAUCGAUGCAAAGUUUUAAUUUCAUCGCUACAGGAUACUCUUAAUGGUAUAGAAAACAAGUCAUAUAAUUCAUCAUCACGGAAACAUAGAUCGGCUCGUGAUCGAUCACGCUCACCUUCAGAACGUUCUCGUAAAAGACAUCGGCGAUCAUCACGAAGUCGAUCUAGAUCACGUGAACGAUACGAUUAUUCACCACGGCAUUCUUCUUCCUCCAAUCGGCGUGCCUAUUAA